AUGAGCCCUGAGUGUGAUGAGUUGAGAACAAGUGUCAGUCUGUGCUCAGAAGGUUUCCUGGCGCGAGUCUCUCCUGGAGAUGCUGUCGGUGAGUGUGGAUCAUGGGGUUCAAGGAAAGACCCCUUGAUUCAUGGAGGGAAGAUCUGCAAAUGCAAGGACUGUGGGAAAGAGUUUGCCGAGAAUCACUUCUUUCUUCAACAUGAGCAGAUUCACUCUGGCGUAAAAUCCUAUAAAUGCAAAAAGUAUGAGAAGGCCUUUCUCAAGAAGACAGACCUCACUGGACAUCACAAUAGUCGCAUCAGGGAGAAGCCCUUUGAGUGCCUCGAGUGUGGAAAGGCCUUCAGCCGCAGGUCACACCUCACAGAGCACCAGCGGAUCCACACGGGGGAGAAGCCCUAUGAGUGCGGUGAGUGUGGGAAGGCCUUCAACCGCAGGUCACACCUCACGGAGCACCAGCGGAUCCAUAGCGGAGAGAAGCCCCAUGUGUGCAGUGAGUGUGGAAAGGCCUUCGCCCACCACUCUGAUUUUAUUCGGCAUAAUAGAACCCACACUGGAGAAAAACCCUUUGAGUGCAAAGAAUGUGGGAAGGCCUUUUGUGACAGCUCUUCCGUAAUUCGACACCUGAGGUGUCACUCCAGGGAGAAGCCCUAUGAGUGCAGUGAGUGUGGGAAGACCUAUAGCUAUAGCUCAACCCUCACUACCCAUCAAAAGAUUCACAGUGGAGUGAAAGCCUACAAGUGUAAGAGAUGUGGGAUGGCCUUUUACCAGAAGAGAGGCCUCCGUCAACAUGAGAGAACUCACACUGGGGAUGGACCUUUUUAA